ACCUAGAAUCAAUCAAACCAAUUUGUCAAAUAUCGCACCCGCUGCCUUGUGGCCUGUAGUUCGAAUAUCGAGUUUUAGCCCAACGAAAAGGAAUUAAUCCAGGAGCAACCAUCCGGCCCAAAGCCUUUUGAGCGCACCCAGACAGCUGGUGAGUCAUCAUGACUCGACGGUCGACGGUCUCCAACUCACAGUCACAGUAGAGUAACCACGAAACCCCGGCAGAGGGUUUAUGAAACGAAACGAAGGCCAAAUAACAAAGUUCACCUUUGGGUUUUCUUCAAAUUUCCUCAGACUUCGAAAAUGGAGACGGCAAGGCUCCGUUUGGUGUUCGAGGAUCCGAACAUUCUCAGCAAGUCUCAGAAGCAACAAGGCCUAAAGCGAAGCUGGUUUAUCCUUAAACCCCAACAUCAAACCAUCUUCGAUCUUUCCUCCGAUCUUCUCCACAUUUUCGACCUCCAAAAGUCUUGCCCUAAUGGCCUCAUACUCUCCAUGGAUGGCUUUGUUUUGCCACCUUUCGAGCCAACUUGUAUUUUAAAAGAUAAAGAUAUUGUCAGUGUGAAGAUGAAAGGAGGGAAAUCGACCGAGAUUAUUAAGGCUGGAAAUGGUAUGAAUUAUUUGGAAGAAUUGGAAACAAUGGAGCGACUGCCCGUUAAUACCGGCGUCAAGCAUCUAGCCAAUGAGGAGUUUGAUAAGGAAACCGGGGGAUACAAAAGCGAACUGGAAGAAGAUGAGCAAGAACUUGCGCCAUUGGAGGAUCGAGCACAAGUUGAAAGCACACCAAUUGAAAACAUGGUUUCAAAGAAAAGAAAGGCACGGGAUAAACUUCCGAGCUCUAGGAAGAAGAAAAGCAAAUUGGCUACUGCUAAAAAAUAUCCGGUUUCUGGAGAUGAUGGAAUUGAUGUUCGUCCAAGGAAAAGCAAAAGCUCUCAUAAAAAAAAGGUUUCCACCAAUGACAAGGUUGUUGGUAAGGACAAGCCAGCUGACAUUCAGGGAGAACCAGAGAAUUCAAGCAGCCCUGAAAUUGAUGAAACUGGUGAUAACAAAACCAAUCUGGGGAGGUCCUCCCAGCUUCAAAACACUGGUAAAGGGAGUGCUGAUGAACUUAUUACAACUACUGAAGUUAAAAAGCUCCCUAGCAGAAGUGCCCGACGUAAAAAGGCUAAAAGGCGAUGGUUGAGGGAGCAGGCCAAACUUGUAAAGGAAAAGCUGCAGUCAAAAGAGCUGCUGGGAAAAGAUGAUGAGAAAUCACCUGCAAAAGAAAAUCUCAAAUUUUCGGAAGAAUGUCUACAAGCAAUUAGCAAUAAUGAUGUUGAGGAUAACGUGGUUCCAAUAGUAGUAAGGCCAGGACAUAUUCGCUUUGAGCCCCUUGAAGAAGAAAAUGCUGAGCAAGCUAACCAAUACAGUCAAAUUUCAGUGAAAACCUUUCAAUGGAAUGGAAUAACCAGCAAGAAGAAGGGUCAAAAAUGGGGUAUGGAGAAAACUUUUCUGAAAAGGAAUGAUAACAGUUUUAGCCAUGUGAGUUCAGAAAUGGUGGAUGUUAACGAUAAGGCCACUGUAACUAAUGACAUGGACUUUGACAAGCUUAUGCCCUAUUCUAGCUUGCCUAAGGAGGGAGAUUUAGUUGCAUAUCGCUUAGUUGAGCUAUCUUCAACUUGGACCCCUGAGCUUUGCUCCUUCCGGGUUGGAGAAAUAUCACAUUAUAAUGCUGAAUCCAACAGGAUUAUGCUGACACCAGUGCCAGGAUAUCCAAAUGCCUUUGAGAAGAAAACAGAUGAGGAGGCUUCUGAACUACCAGAUACAUCUCUUUACGGAGAAGAUGGGUCGUUAGAGAUAGAUUAUUCCUCUCUAAUUGAUGUCCGCCUCGUCAAGCUUGGCAUUUUGAAUGCCACAAUAGCAAUUGCUGAUGACAACAAUGAAAAGUAUGCACAAAAUCAAGAUGUUUUAACAAGACAACCAAAUGGCAGCAAGGAAGCAAACAGUGUCUCAGCUGCAUCUCCUGCACAAGCUAAUGGUGCGGUCAAUGUAUGGGAAGAAAUUAACCAGGCUUUGAGUGCAAAGAAGGCUGAGCUCUCUAAAGAGGAUGGUUGGAGUCGAGCAGAUAGUUCAGGUAGGAGCGCCUGGUCUUUUCGGGCUCUCAGACGCAGUGCUCUUGGCCCAACUAUGGCCUUCUUAAGAGCACAGAAUGGGAUCUGAGGAAUGGCACCAGCAUCAGUUUUAAGUGUAGUCUCUCAAUGUUUUUGAACCUCUGAAAGACGAGAGCAAGGCAAUUUUGUUUUGGCUUUUGCUUUGUCAAGUACACAAAAUUUUCAAGUGUCGUCCAAAGUUAACGUCUUUUUUGUAGAA